UCUUCUUAUUAAUUCAUCAAUAUCUCAACCAAAAAAAAAAAAAAAAAAGCUUAGACAUUUUUUUUUUAAUUUUUGGUGUUAUUUUUUAUACAAAAAAUGAGGUAUAGAAUGGAGAGAUUUGUGUUACUUCCAUUUUCUGUGGGUUGUAUUUCUGAAUCAAGUGUUGCAAUUGGUCAUCAACAGCAUAAAAGUUCAAGUCUUCAUCAACCAAACUUAAUUCCUACAAAAAUGCUAGAAGAAGAGAAGGAAGAAAAUUUGGAGGGUGAAAAUUUGAAGAACCAAUUAGGGCUUCCCAAAUUUCAAAGGCUUUUUAAGAAUUUCAAAAACUUGUCUCACUUAUUUGUGGAUAAGGACCAAAUGGAAGAAGAAGAGGAAGAAAUGGGGAUGGAAAUAGGUUUACCAACAGAUGUGAAGCAUGUAACACAUAUUGGAAUUGAUGGUGGUGAAGUUAAUACUUCAUUAAUCCUUAAUUCAACAAAGACUAAUUGGGAUUAUGUUAAUCUCAAAUCACCUAAUCAUGAUUUACCCACUCAAUUCUCUUCUAAUUUCUCUUUUCCCAAUAUGGCUAAUCACUCCCCUAAUCACACAUCUAUGGCUACUUCCUCUUAAUUAAUAUUGUAAAAUUCUACUUAAUACUUUUGGUUUUUUUUAACCAAAAGUAAUUGUACUUUUAUGAUUACAAUUGCUUAUAUAGUUUGUUGUGUGUGGGAAAAAAAAAUAUUCCAAAUGUA